CGUCUGCCGACGGUCGUCCUUCCGCUAAGUGAAGAACUCGCAGUCGCAGCUCUCUCCGCUGCAGAACCCGACCUCAGCUCGUGGAGGAAGAUCGAAGAUUCAGAAGAUCAUUGCCAUCAACCCCUUCAGCCCCAGAAAUGGCCACCGACUUCAAAUCCAUCCCAUUAAUCGACAUAAGUCCACUAAUAGCCAAGUGUGGCGAUCCCCUAAUGGAUAAAGACCCAGGAGUUGCUGAAGUUGUUAGACAAUUGGAUCGGGCCUGUCGAGAGGCUGGAUUCUUUUAUGUGAAGGGUCAUGGUAUUCCCGACUCCCUAAUCAGAGAAGUUAGGACUGUGUCACACAAAUUCUUUGGACUACCCUACGAAGAGAAGUUGAAAAUUAAGUUGACUCCUGCAGCUGGAUACAGGGGAUAUCAGAGAGUUGGUGAAAAUAUAACUAAAGGGGUUCCUGAUAUGCAUGAAGCUAUUGAUUUCUACAGAGAAGUCAAGCAAGGGAUGUAUAGAGACCUAGGCAGAACUAUGGAAGGAUGUAAUCUCUGGCCAUGUGAUCCUCCGAACAUGAAAACACUCAUGGAGGAAUAUAUUGAUCGUUGCACAGAUCUUUCGAGAAAAAUCAUUAGAGGAAUUGCUUUAGCACUGGGUGGAUCACCAGAAGAAUUUGAAGGAGAAAGAGCUGGAGAUCCUUUUUGGGUAUUGCGUAUAAUUGGUUAUCCCCGUGUACCCACUGCAAAUGGCCAUGGAACUUCUGACAAUGAUAUUGGAUGCGGAGCGCACACUGACUAUGGUAUAUUGACUUUGGUUAAUCAGGAUGAUGGCAUAACUGCCCUUCAGGUAAAGAACUCAUCGGGUGAGUGGAUAUCUGCUCCUCCUGUACCUGGGACUUUUGUCUGCAACAUCGGGGACAUGCUUAAGAUUUGGUCCAAUGGUGUAUAUGACUCAACCUUGCAUCGUGUUAUCAACAAUUCCCCGAAAUAUCGAGUCUGUGUGGCAUUCUUCUAUGAGCCUAACUUUGACGUGGGCGUGGAGCCACUGGAUUUCUGUGUGAAGAGAACUGGCGGGGCAAAGAAGUUUGAGAGAGCAGUAUACGGAGAGCACUUAGUCACUAAAGUGACGACUAACUUCGUGAUGUAAAAUAUGGCUGUUCCGUUGCUUUCGUGAACAAAUCGUUGCAUGUUUUCAAUUGGAACUUUCUCUUCGUUAAGUUUGUGACUUGGCGCAUUUUUGACAGAUAUUAAAUUCGGAAUAGCAAAUAAAAUCUCUUCAUCAAUAUUCGCUCA